AUGGCCAACUCUCGUGAUCAGCCUCGCAGGUCGGCAGACGAUGUUUUCGACGACGAAUAUGCCGUAGACGACUUUGACGGAGUCGCUGACGGCUUUGCUCCUGGCCGCGUGCAACCGGCCAACGACCGAUGGUCAAUCCACUCCGAGGACCCUUCAAUCCGCAGCGUUCACGCACACAUGUCGGAUGCCCCUCGCUUCUCUACUGGUCCCAGCAGGAAUAGCAUGCAUAAACCGCGAGAUGUCCAGAACCCCUUCAGCAGCACAGAGGACGACGAUGACGACAAUACUGACGAGCGCUCGGCUCUGAAUCGCUCAUCAAGUAUCCAAUCCUCUUCGACUGCCCAAUAUGCCCCCGGAAUCGCCCACAGACUUAGUACUGCAUCGUCCGCCGGAGUUUAUGCUCGUACUGCGAGCCCUCUCCUCGGCACUACCGGCCCCAGCCACCCCUACUCAAUGUAUCCUCAAGAUACCAACGUAGCCCGCACGCCAUCCGUAUCUACGACCGCUUCCACCAUUCGUGCGGUUCAAUCGACUGCCAUGUCAAACCAGGGCCCCGCCCAUCCUUACAGCAUGUAUCCCCAAAACGUUUCCGAGAACGAGGUAGCGGACCCUGCUGGUACAUCAAGCCAUGCUCAGACGAUAAUCCCAGUCGGCUUUCCCGGUAGAAGUCAAGGCUUCGUAAGAACUCGAGGACCUGGAGACGAGGAGCAGGACAUCAUCGGGGUCGACGGUCAUUCAGAACAACUCCCACCUUACUCCGAGUACCCUGAGGAUGGUGUACCAAAACCGGUUGUCCCAACCGCACUACUAGCACAAACUGCCGCUCCUGCCCAUACCACUCAGGUCCAUAUGCCUUUGAUGCAGCAACAGCGCCAGCCCGAAAGCAUGUCAGACCAGUCCGCCGCUUAUGGCUUUGCCGAGAUGCAACAAAUGAACUCCAUUGAUUCGAGUGAUACUCCAUCAGAGAACAAGAGUUGGAGCGAGAAGUCAUGGAAAGAGAAGCGAAAGACGCGCUUCUUCGGCAUUCCCUUCUGGUGGAUACUAUUAUCUCUCUGCGUGCUUGCCUUCAUUGCUAUUGUUUUGGGUGCAGCUAUUGGCGGUAUCUUCGCAAACNACUAUGGCAACACGACCACACUAUUAGACGCAUCACCAAUUCCUACAUCAUCGAUAGGAGCUCCACCGCCAACUGGCGUUUAUGCUCUGGACUUUGGUGCGCCAAGAGCUACACAAUCGGCUUGUAUAGCCAACCAGAAUUACUCGGCUGCUUGGACUUGCAACAUUUAUGGCAUACCGCAGAUGGCCAUCAACAUUGGCCUUCCACCGGAUGGAAGCAACAACGAAGGCGCCUCACUGUACGGAUUCAGCAACGCCACCGGCAUCAACUAUGGCACUCAACCCCCGAACACUCAUUUCGCUCCCUUCAUCUCCGUCGAAGAUGACGAUGAACCGUAUCGGGGUCCUGCUUUCUAUUUCCAGACCUUUUACGACAAAUUCGUAGUUGUCCCAGAGAGCUCUCUUCCCGCAAGCAACGCCGCCAACGCGCAGAAGCGUUCAAUGAUCAACACUGAUUGGUUCACUCAGCACCAAGUUCAAGCUGGAGACAAGCCGUGGUUUUGCUGGUUCAACGGCACGUUCCUCGAAGGCUUCAUCUACGCCAACAACUACACAGACCCGAGUGCGCCGUCAUCCUCAUUAUCGUCAUCAUCUUCGUUUACGUCCUCAAACAGCAGACAUGCCAAGACCUCGUCGUCUCCGCUAACUACUUCCACUAUCAUUGAAGUCUCAGGCCCUUCGACAACUGCUACCCUGACUUCUGCUUCCCAAAAUACUGCUUCCACACAAUCCGUCUCAAAUUCCUACACGCACACGCCAAAUGGACGGAAAGUAAAACGUGGCUGGCAUCUGGAAAAACGUACGUGGACGUUUGCUGAACUGUCUUCUUUCGGCUAUGUUGUCAAGAUCGAAGAACGUCGUGUGCCGGACAGUGUGCAACCUUACUGUCAGCAGUUCCAAAUCUUGGACAAUGGCAUGGCAGGUGGCCUCGAUGACCCAGCCACAGGGCAGCAGAUAACAGUCUACCUGCAAGAGACCGACCCCGACUACAGCGCUUACAAUCAACAGACGUACGGAGCGUCUCCGACAGGAUCGUCAAAGGUCAAGCGUGAUCCCAUAUCUGGUGCUUGCCAUUGUGAAUGGUGGAGUGGAUCUUCACCUGAUUCGUAA